GUAAUACCAUCAGGGCCAGCUCAGUUCACGAGGACACGUUGCUCUGCAGCAGCAGGAGAGCAAAGGGGAUCAGUUAGCUCCAUAGGCAUUAGCACGGUCAUCUGCUACAAGGGGUGCACAGUCUAACAGAUCCACUGGUAUCCGUUUUGGCUUUGUUUUCUGAAAUAUGUUUGCAAAGUUUAAGGGCCUGUUCUCAGGCCCACAGGUUCCAACCGAUUCUGGGACUAUCAAAGCAGCUCCUGAUCCGGCGCCAACACCAGCUCCUGCACCAGCUGUAGCUAAGGAGGAGAAGCCUGGAGAUAAAGAAAAUGAAGCAAAGAAAGAGGACAAGCCGCAAGCUGCAGCUCCAGAGCCUGCACCGGCCCCUACACCAAGCCCUACACCGGUACCUACACCAGCACCUGCCUCAGCUCCGGCCCCCGCACCUGCCUCAGCUCCGGCCCCCGCACCUGCCUCAGCUCCGGCCCCCGCUCCUGCCUCAGCUCCGGCCCCCGCACCUGCCUCAGCUCCGGCCCCCGCACCUGCUCCAACAGCCACACCUGUAAACCCAGGAGAGGCUGGACCUGAUGGACAAGGCGGGGCCCCUCCCACUCCACCGAUAGUCAUCAACAAAUAUUCGGACGAGCAGCUCAGACAUAUUUCCCGGCGGAUGAAAGAGAGGUUGAGUUUAUACAAGGAGAAAGUGACUGAUCGCUAUGCUUCCUCCCCUGAGAUAACCCCUCCUGUCACGCCACUGCUACCCAAAGACGAGUUCACCAGAGUGAUAGAGGAGAGGGCGAGGCAAGCGGAGGAGGAGAGGAUAAAGAAGGAGGAGGCAGAUAAGAAGAGGAAGGAAGAACAGGAGAAGAAAAAGAAGGAAGCCGAGGAGAAGAAGAAGGAAGAGGAGGAGAAAAGGAAAGAAGAGGAGAAGAAGGUGAAGGUCCCCUUGAAGACGAGGCUGAUUGGAGCGUACUGGUCGUCAGUGGACUUUGUAAUGAAGCCGCUGGAGGACCGGAUGGAUCCCGUUCUGGGGCACACCAUCGACCCCUUCACGGAUCGCCGCUACAUCGCCUGGCUGAGUGUGGUUACUGUGGCCAUCAACUACAACACAUGGUUCAUCACCGUCCGGAUGUGUUUCCCUUACCACACAGAAACCUCCAUCCCCAUCUGGUUCACCAUGGACAUCCUGGCCGACGUCAUUUACUUCCUCGAUGCCAUCCUGUUUCAGCCUCGCAAGCAGUUUGUCAAAGGAGGAGACAUCAUAAAAGACCGCACCAUGACAACCAAACACUACAGAGAAUCAGAGAGAUUAUUGGCGGACGUAAUCUCUCUUCUGCCCUUCGACUUGUUGUACCUACAGUUUGGAUUUAAAUCCGGUUUCAGAGCCAACCGUUUGCUAAAGAUAGACACUUUUUUUGAGUUCAGUGACCGUCUGGAGAGCAUCUUAGCCAAGGCCUACAUCUGGAGAGUGAUUCGCACCAUUGGCUAUCUCCUCUUCAUGCUCCACCUGAACGCUUGUUUCUACUACGUGGCCUCAGAAUACCAGGGCAUCGGUGGGACUAAAUGGGUCUACUCCGGCCUGGGCAGCGCGUACCUGCGCUGUUACUACUUUGCUGUUCGCAGUCUCAUCAACAUUGGAGGUCUCAACGAGCCUCACACUGUCUUUGAGAUUACCUUUCAGAUGACCAACUUCUUCGUGGGCGUCUUCGUGUUCUCCAGCUUGAUUGGACAGAUGAGAGACGUCAUCGGUGCCGCCACAGCGGGACAGACCUACUUCCGAACCUCCAUGGACAACACAGUGGCUUACAUGGUCACAAACAACAUUCCCUCGCUGGUGCAGAACAGAGUGCGGACCUGGUACACCUACACGUGGGACGCUCAGGGCAUGCUGGAUGAGUCCGAACUGCUGGAAAAGAUGCCCCUUGUGAUGAGAACGGCCAUUGCUGUGGACAUCAACUUGGCAACGUUUCAAAAGAUUGAUCUUUUUAAGGGCUGUGACCAGCAGAUGUUGGUCGACAUGUUGCUGAGGCUGAAGUCCAUCAUUUACCUGCCAGGAGACUUUGUUGUGAAAAAAGGUGACAUCGGGAAAGAAAUGUACAUCAUCAAAAGUGGAGCAGUGCAGGUGGUGGGAGGACCUGACAACAGUAUUGUGUUUGUGACACUGAAAGCAGGCUGCGUGUUCGGGGAAAUCAGUUUGUUACAGUCUUCAAAAGACGGAGGGAACAGACGAACGGCCAAUGUCAAAGCGUACGGCUUUGCCAAUCUUUUUGUCCUGGAGAAGAAGGACCUGUUUGACAUUCUUGUCCACUACCCAGAGUCUCAGAAGGUGCUGGCCAGAAAGGGCAGGAAACUGAUGAAGGCUAAGGGGCCAGCAGCAGCAAAAGUCGAGGAAGAGAAGAAGAAAGGACUGGCGCUGUUUGGCCCCAAACCACCCACUCCCAAAUUGCUCCGAGCUUUUGGAGGAAACUUUAACAAAAUGAUGUUUUCCCAAAUGAAGAAACAGGAAGGCAACUGAGGACUCAACUGGACCGUGUAUUUCUGUUGAUUACUCCAUUUUGGGAGUAAAGCUAAAGCUUUUAUUUCAGAUUAUUUUCAUUGUUUUUCUGUCAAGUAUUUUGAUUUUGAUCCCCCUAUAACUAAGAUUACACUUCACAUGGACACAUUCUGCUUUGAAUAUACUAACAAGGCUAAGUUGAUUACCUGUGGAAAUGAAACCCACCGUAACUGCAUUGGCACUGUUGAAAACAGUGGUGGUUGUUCGUCAAGUGGUUCCUGUCAUUCUGUGCACAGUAGCCUUUGUUCUUUAUUAUCAUAAAUAGAACAUCAUUCUUUUAAAUUUUUCACAAAAUAAGACUGUUUUAAGCACACCGUGGACAGCGUAUAAGCCAUUUCUCAUUUGUCCAUAUAUCACGUGUUUCAUGCUUGUUCUAAUCUGUUGAGGUCCUUACACUUAACAGUAGCCCUAAUUUCUUUCUAUAAUCUAGAAACCCGGUGCCACCUUCGAGUGAUUUUAGUGUCAGACGGCCAUAUUUGUUCACAGUGAUUUUAGUUGUAACGGCACAUGACAGCAAGCAACAGAGGCAUUGAGUUUUUCUUUUCUUUUUUUUAAAGCGCUCUCGCCGCCCUUAGAUGGCAUGGUGCCCUGGGUGGUGAGCCAUGUGGUCCAUAUCGAAGGCAGUCACUGCUUAGAAAACACAGACUGUGACUGCAUGACGGGGUUCUAAUUUACGACCAAUGCAAUGUUGUUUUGUUUUACAUUGGAUGUAUUUAUCUUUCGCGUUUUUUUUAUUAUCUUCCAGGAACACAGUAGUUUAGCUCUAUAAACCUUACAGAUUUUAUACACUUGUUUUAUGAGACUGAUUUAAUCUUUCAUAUUUACCUUAAUAAAUGAUUGCCAGAUAUAACGACA